CACAUCUGUCAAAUGGCUUAGCAAAUUGUUUAUUUUCAUUGAAAAGUUACAUUGUUAGCAUUAGGAGCUUUAAUACGGUUUAUUGAAAGAAAAUGCACUACAAUUAACUUCAGAACUAUACGCUUAACAUUGAAAAUGGAACAACGGAUGCGGCUCUUUGACAAAUAACAAUGCUCAAAGGAAGUUAGUUACAAUGGACUAUUUUAGACCAAUUUUCUAAAAAGAAUAGUAUUAAAGAACUAUAAUUUAGGGAAAGCAGCUGUAAUAGUUUCCUCCGGAGUUAAGCGGAUGCUAGUAAGUCCUACAAAACCUGGGAGCCGUUUUCACAUAUCGACUGUCUGAAGGAGAUCAUUUGGAAUACAAUUUAAUAUGGAGUGUUUAUUGUGUUUGGAAACGAAACAGGAGAACGAAUCGAGAUAUAUUAAAGUUGAUUCAAGUCAAUGGGAAGAAUUGAAUAUCAAGAACCUAAUCGAUAAACAUCUCUGGCCCAUAGAAUCCCUUUUACCGACAUCCUGCGUUUGCGACACAUGCUGGGAAGAACUUUAUGAUUUCCACAAAUUCUACAUACGCAUAGAACAAACACAUAAUGACAAUAGACUAGUACUGAAAGCCGAAGCUGAUCCCUUACAAGAUGAGUCGAAGCCAAAAGAUGUCUUAUUGAAAAGUCUGCUAGAACCAGAAAUAGUUAUUGGUCAACAUUUAGAUGAACCCAUUGAAAUUAAACAGGAGCAUGAUGAACCUAUUGCGGUCAUUUUGAAACGCAAUGAUGAUGUUGGGGAUGUGGAAAACAAACAAGAUAUUUCAGAAAAUUCUGGCGAUAUUUUUGAAAAUGAACAGGAUCCAAUGGAAUUUAUUGAUAACAACAGUGAUUCCAAUUUUAGCGAUAAUGAUGGUGAAGAGGAUGACCACACAGAUAGUGAUGAUGAUUUACCUUUAAUACACAAAGUAAAAAUCCAGCAAAGCAAAAAAUCAUCAAAGAAAAACAAUAAAACAAAAGAUGUUGACAAUGAUGAUCAUGAAGAAAAGCUCGAAGACAAUGGCAGAAAGCGAAAGAAAAGAUCGGCAAAAUCCACAAAAAAGAACACUUCGUGCUCCAAACGAUCCACAAAUCGUCAAACUUCCACACUUCCAAAAAUCAAUCGUGUAGAAUAUGAUAAAUUCCUACAGGAACACUUUAAGAUGACAUGUGACAAAUGUCAGAAAACAUUUGAACGUUUCCGUUUGCUUUGCCAACAUUUUAGCCAAGAGCACAACGAACAGGGCUAUGUCAUGUGUUGUGCAACGAAAUUCUUUAAUCGACGUCUUUUGGUGGAUCACAUCAAUUAUCACCUUGAUCCGGAGUAUUUUAAGUGCAAUCUCUGUGGGAAAGUUCUAACCAAACGCAUAUGUCUUAUUGGUCAUAUGAAAAUGCAUGAAGAAAAGAAAUUUGCUUGUGAUAAGUGCGAUAAGAAAUUCGUACUAAAACAUAAGCUAGACAAACAUAAGUUAACACAUCUGCCGGAGUCGGAGAAGAAGUUCCCCUGCAAUGAUUGUGGUAAAUUUUACGCCAACGAAUAUAUACUUAAUCAACAUCAAAAGGCCGUUCAUCUCAAUAUAUAUGCUAAAGUGUGUGAAAUAUGUGGCGAAACAUUACCCGAUUCGCAUAACUUCAAAAGGCACAUGGAAAAGCACGAAGGCAUUGUGCCGGUUAAAACAGCCAAGUGUGAUAUAUGUGGUCUAAUACUCACUAGUCAUCACACGUUAAAGCUGCACAAAGAACUGAAACAUCCGCCGGAGAGGCGUGAAUAUAACUGUCAUAUCUGUUCUAAGGUUUCACCUAAUAUGCGUGCACUCAAGAAACACAUACAUGAAACCCAUGAAAUGGGCUAUCGUUUUAAGUGUACAAUUUGUGAAAAGGAAUUCAAAAGAGCUGAUAAUUUUAAGUCCCACAUGGCUAUACAUACUGGCAAGCCUCUGCAUCGAUGUCCUUGGUGUCCUAAAGAGUUUAAUUCUAAUGGCAAUAUGCAUCAACAUCGCAAAAAAGCCCACCCUGUUGAAUGGGAGGAGGCACAACGCAAGAAAUAUUCCGGAAAUUUACCGCCUAAUUAUAAAAGACCAACACCCGCGGCGACAGUCAGCAAUAGUAACAAUAAUUCCGUAUUACCAGCCACAGUAAAUCAAGCACCAUCAUAAUUUUAAUUGUUAGUUGAUAAUUUAUGGUAAUAUAGAGAAAAUAAAUAUUAAAAAAAUA